AUGAUGUCUAGGGCUUUCAUAUUGCCGGAGGGGAUAGGGCAAGUUAGGUUUCGAUACACGUGUGACGAGGCCAUAGAGUUUUUUGACAAGAGAAGAGAACUCAUAACCAAUGGAGCAAACCAUGCCCGGCAGGUUUUGCUUGAGGUGAAAACGGAGUUAGAUCCGUUAGGAGACAGAAGCAAGACAGUGCUGUUUGAUGGGUGCAGGCUUGCAAAUCAGUUUCAAGCAUUGGAAGCAGAGGAGGGAUGGACCAAUGAAGAUAAAUGGAAAGUGAUAAGUCAAUGUGGAUGGAAGCAGCAUGCCCAACAGCUUAGGCAUGGGUGA